ACAGCGAAGUGACAUAUCCCAGUCACAGCACCAAAGGCAUUGUUUUUUAGGUCUAUUAUGCAAGGAGGAACAGCUCGUCCGAUUCCCUCUAGCAAGUUUUCAUCUCGGAGGAAGUCCAAUGGCGACCGAGGGCAUGCUCCAUGGCGGAGUAAUCCCUUUCUCCUCCAGUCCUGGGUCUCCCAGAUCAUCUGUCCCCUUCAAGGUCCAACAUGAAACUGAAAGAAACACUGAGCAUCCCAGAGUAGAGAGUGGCUCCCGUGUUCUUCAAUCGUUGGAUCAAAACAUCCUAGCGCAGCCUACGCGUCCAAGCUCUGUUCUUCUGCGAGCUUCAAGCAUUCCUCAACCGGAUGGGUCAUCUGAUUGCGCGCAGAACUGUGUGUCUGGCACAAGCCAACUCGUCGUCCCCGGCUGGAAUAAAAGGAACAUCGGUGUUGAGGGUCCUGAUUCCCGAGUUACACCUUCUAAAAUGUCUGCAAUCGAAGAGCGUCUCUUGCAAUUAAAGGACCGCACGGGUGAUGCAAUAUUUGAGCCUACAGCAGGCACAACUUUCGACUCUAGCCAGGAAGCAUACGAUUUCUAUAAUUUGUAUUCAGGGAGUGUGGAUUUGGCAUCCGUCGCGCAAAAAGUCGCACCAACACAAACAAAUACAGGAGCAUGCAUGAACUCUGUGUUAAUGCGCGGGCAAGCCCAAAAGGGAGAAUGCAUCAUCUUGCAAGACUGAUUGCAAGGCAAUGAUCAAAUUGUUACGCACAGAAGAUCAUGGCUAGUACGUGGCUGCCUUUGUCAAAGAACACAAUCAUAGGCUGUCAUCAGGGUACGAUCAGAAAAUGCAGUGGAACUCUCAUAAUAGUAUUGAUGCAAUACGUGAAACUUCAUAAAAAAAUCUCCGAGAGAACAACAUCAGUAUAAGCAAGGUUUAUAGUAUUUUGGGUGGUGGUGAAGAGAGCUUGCAAACGGUGCCGUACCGAAAACAAGUCUUGAGAACCCUGUGUGCUAAAUAUUCACAGGAGUCAAUUAAAGAUGAUUUAGCAAAGACAAUGCAGCUAUUGCAGCAAAUGAAGGCAGAAGACUACAACCUGAGAGUAGAAGUUGAUCUGGACGACGCUGAAGGUCGAAUUCGUUCAAUGCUAUGGUGCACCGGGAAGAACCGAGAGGACUACUUGCAUUUUGGUGAUGUAGUUACAUUUGACACCACAUACAAGACAAACUUAUACAUGGCGGUGUACUAAUGCGUGAGGAGACAGAGGCAGCAUUCAAGUGGGUUUUUAGCACAUUCUCUGACUACGAGGACGAACCCCAUGAUGGAGAUGGGCUCCGACGACACCGCACCGGAGUCCGUGCCUGUGCAUGCCGGCUGCACCAUGGGGCAGGCGCACUACAACGCCGCCAUGACGGAGGAGCAGCUAGCGAUGGCGCCUAUGUUGGCAUUCCAGCAGGUGCAGGAUGAAGAGCGGUACAACAUGUCCCUUCUAGAGUAGCACCGCCUGGCGGAGGGCCAGAUAGACGGCGAGCACGCGAAGAAGGAGGCCGUGACGGCCAUGGCCCCGGCGAACCCCAACUUCGUCGCGGAGAAGCGUGUGAUCUACGAGGCCGUUCGAGCUCAAGCCGCCGCCACGGAUGCGCUCCUGCAGGUGAUCGCGGACGAGAACAAUGCCAGCUGCGCCUCCUACGCGCUGCCGACGAACUAUCUGGACGGCCCGGUUGGGCGACAACAGGGUCAGCGCCACUAUUUUGAUCGUGGACCUCACGUCCACCUACAACAAACAGGUCAAUAUCCAAAAUUAAUCUCAUUUUAAAAGGUUUGACGCAAGUAGUUUCAACAUAGAAAAGAAUUCAAAAACAAAAAAAAUGGUUUAAAAGAUAUGGAUGUUUUAAAUUAGACUAGGUGAAAGACAUGGUUGGAUUUAUUGUGUUGCGGAAGAGAGAGAGAGUGAGAGAAUUAUUCGGGCACGUUACUGUCAUACAUGCAUGUGAAGUACAGUGUUUUGCUGAAAAGCCAAUAUUCUUUACAAAAAUUAUAAAUUAUGUAAAGCCAUAUACGGUGUUAGGUGGCACUAGUUGGCUGGUUAGAGCGUUGGCGGUAGGUAUUGGUACCGCACAAUUUUCAUUUUCCACGUAGCAUACCCUAGGCAAAACUGACAUACUCCCUUCA